AUGGCAAGGAUCUUUGAAAUGGACCAAGGUGGCGCCAAUACAAAGAGUAGUUGGAACCUUCGGUUACAUGUCUCCGAGUAUGUGACACAUGGCGAAUUCUCUACGAAAUCAGAUGUUUAUAGCUUUGGAGUAUUGAUCUUGAGAUCAUUAGUGGCAAAAGAACAGCAGCUUCCACCGAUGGAUGGUUCUGUUAACAACUUAGUCACUUAUGUUUGGAAACUAUGGAAGAAAAAUUCAUUGCAUGAACUCACAGAUCCGAGCAUACAAGAAGAAUGUAUCGGAGACGACAGUAAAAAGGAUGAAGUCAUUAGGUGUAUCCAUAUCGGACUACUAUGCGUUCAAGAAAACCCUACAGAUCGUCCAGCAAUGUCGGAAAUUCACCAGAUGCUCACAAACAGUUCACUUAGUCUGCAUGCACCUAAGCCACCUGGAUUUUUCUUCCCGAACGGACCAGGAGCAAACUCAUUAGCUCAAGAGUCGGGAUCGAGCCAAUUUACCAGCAAGUCUUUUACUUGUUCGGUAGAUGAUGUAACAAUCACCAGUGUUAAUCCUCGUUGA